AUGCCUAUGUUGGUCCAGCGACUUGAUUGUUCAUCUGAUGAACUUCCGACCUCUAUUCAAGAAGUAGAUCAGGAAGAUAUUAAGAAGAUCUCCACAAAAAAUAAAACCUCGUUCCAACCUCAACUCAUUCGAAGCCAACCUAUACCAACCAGGCUCAACAUCAUCAUCAUCAACAUCAAAUUCAGCCUCAGCCUCAUCAGCCUCAAACCGAAUCCAUCCCUACCAAUCAUUCUCACUCUCAUCAAACAACAACAACAACAACACCCAUCCCUCGCUAUCGCUAUCCUCAUCCUCAUCUCUCUCUCAACCCUUACCAUCCUAAUCGACUAUUGGACUCAAUCUCAACUAUAUAGACUUCGUUACCCAUGGACACUCUCCCCAUCCAAGGGCUCCUCGCCAUCCACGAGCUCAUGGAAGAGUCUCUCGGAAGGAUAUCUGGGCUUGCCCGCAUGCGAUCCGUUCGGUGAGCCCGGGACGGUGGUCCUGAACACGAGCUUCUACCACGACGCGAGCUGGGUGCCGUUUGGGCCGAGCUGUGCGCCCAGUCCGGACUAUCUCUCGGCCUUACGGGCGAUCCGCGAGGUGCCGAUCAACCUGCCCCUCUCGCAACGAGAAGCUCUCAUCCAUCGACCCAUCCAUCCUAGCAGCUCUUCCUCAAAAGAACAAGAACAACAAGAACCACAACAGACUGAGUUCUUCGAUCGAUCCGGAUUCGACCUUUGGGGUAGACCCUACCCCGACCUCACCUUCCUCCGCGGAAAAACUAUCCUCCUAAAACGAAAUGAGCAUUAA